CUCAUUUAUUUAUUUGUGUUUGCUUACUUGUUCCUAAUUCUCCAACCCUUUAUUUUGAAAUGUAUCAUGACGUAAGCGGAAAUAGAUGCGUGGUGCCUUUUUGUUUAGGGUCCCUAUCUUUUUUCAGCUGCGAUCCCUUGCGAGGUUAUAGUCAUGGCUGACGAAGGCUUUCUGGAGGAUUACCCUACCGAAAUUGCGGAAUACCUGACUGGUUUCUUGUCUUCUGUGGGCUCGGUCCAAUAUGUGAUCCAAACUCUCAUGUCCGUGUCGAAGGGCGACCGCCUAAAGCUUGGCCCCCUUGAGCAAGCCAAACUGGACUUAAUGUCAGCAUACGCCGUCAAUUCCCUAUUCUGGAUGUACUUGGUAACACAAGGAGUGAAUCCGAAAGAUCAUGGAAUCAAACAGGAACUGGAGAGAGUCCGAACUUAUAUGAACAGGGUAAAGGAGAUCACAGAUAAGAAAAAAGCAGCUCGUCUGGACAAAGACACAGCAUCUCGGUUUGUCAGGAACGCACUGUGGGUUGGAGAGGACACCAAAGCCAAAGACAGCAUGUUGCAGCACAGCAAGCCAAACAAAGGAAACUGAGUUGAGGAGCAGCUCAAACUUCUGGGACUGUACUGUACACAUGCACACAAUAUGCCUUCAUCAUUGAUUUGCUUUCUCUCAUCAUUGUGCUGUUUCUUCUUUUAGGCCUCUGCUUGCCUGGCAGCAGAUUGAGGUUUGGUACUGUUUGAAUGUAAUUUUGUUGACUGACAUGUAUUUAUGAUAAGGUUUCAUUGGGAAAUAGAUAUUUACGCAUAGCUUACAUAAAGUUGUAAUAUUUACAUGAGAGAUAUACAGUCGGGUCCAUAAGUAUUUGGACAGUGACAGUUUUCGUAUUUUUGCCUCUGUACACCACCACAAUGGAUUUGAAAUGAAGCAAUCAAGAUGUGAUUGAAGUGUAGACUUUCAGCUUUAAUUCAAGGUGUUUAACAAAAAUAUUGCAGUAACUGUUUAGGAUAUAGUCAUUUACAGAGCCUCUCCAUUUUCACAGGCAUAAAAGUAAUUGGAUAGUUGACUGAUAAGCAGUUUCAUGGCCAGGUGUGGCCUGUUUCCUCAUUAUUUCAUGACAAAUUAAGGAGAUAAAAGGUCCGAAGUUAAUUCCAAAUGUUGAAUUUGCAUUUGGUAACUCAUGGGAACUCUCAAUAUGUGGUGAAAAGAAGUGUCAAUGCAAGUGAAAGAGGCCAUCAUUAGGCUGAAAAAACAAAACACACCUAUCGGAGAGAGAGCAGAAACUUUAUGGGAUGUCGGUCCAUGGCAGGGCACCAUGUACACACACAUUUGCACACUCACUCACGCACCUACCAGCAAGUUUUUGGGAAGUGAGAUGAAACUGGAGAACCUGGAUUGAACCCAUACCAUGGGCACACAGAGAUAAUGUGAUACUCCACACAGAUAGUAACCUAAGCUCAGGAUCAAACUGGGGACUGUGGAGCGGUGAAGUUGCUCCUUUGUGCUGCUCAAAGUAAAAUCAGUCACUAACAUUUAUGUUUUUAAAAUAACUAAAAUAUAAGUUAUAAGUUAAAAGACUUAAUAGUCUAUUUUAGCCUCUAAAAAGUGUGUAAAAAUACUAAAAUCCACUAUAAUGAGCUGUAAAUGGCUUUGCAGUGCCCUUGUUGUGGUUAAGCAUUAGAGAGAGACAAUGUGUGCAGUGGUACAGGACACCCAAAAAUAACAGAAUGUGGCAAAAAAUACAUUUUAUUCAAACUUUGACCAAAAAUACAGAAAAUGCUGUUUUGAACAGUAUAUAUGUUUUAUUCAGUUUAGGACAUCUGCUAGUUGUUCACCAAAUGACUCAUUUUAAAUGUGCAAAUCUUUGCUAAUUUGGAUAUUAAAGUCUGUUGUCCCUUUUGAUUUAGAAAAAUUCGGCCAGAAACAUGUCUGCAUGAGCCAUUUUGGAUUGUGAGAAAUAGAAAUAAUGUUUUAUGUUACACUGGAGUAAAAGUGUUGUAAAUUUGCCACCAAAUUGUUUGAAGGGAGUUUUAUAUUUUUCUAAGGGCUGCCUUAAAUAAACUCUCAGCUAGUGUGAACACAAUGCAUGAAAGGGUUAAAGGAUCUUUUGUCAGAAAUGUCACAAAGAAGUUUGUUGACUUGCAUCACUAAGCUUGUUGCAGAAAACAAACAUUCUCAGACAUCCCAUUGAUGCCCUUGAAGCCUUUUUUUGUGAUCAUAUGUACUUACAUGUAAAAAAAAAAAUGAGCACACUAACUUGGCCUUUCCCUAAAUUUCUGGUUAAACAAACUCACUUGUACCCAAAGCCAUACAUGCACAAAGUUAAUUCAUUUUAUUCAUGUGUAUUUUCCUUUUCGCGGUUUGCUUGGUGCAACUCUUCGGAAGUAGUUGUAAUCUGUUGUGAUGGCAUUUUGGGUAAUCAGGGGUAGGCCAACAGAGGGCAGUGCUCUGUCUGUAUUUUCACAUUUUUUUUUCGAAAUAAUAUUUUUUUUUUUUGUUCUUAAGUGACAUUUAAUGCAGUGGUAAAUUCUUUGAAAGGCAGUAGAGAUGUGGAAGGUGCCUGGAAAACUGGAAGGUCUGUGGAACUAAUUAAAACAUACUGGAGGAGAAGUUCAUAAUGGCUAUUGUUGGCAAUGCCUUAGGGUUUAAUUAAAGAGACUCCUGUCUUA